GCCUUCGCGGCGAGAAAAUCAGCCUGAAGUUCCUGCGAUCAGCUGAUCUCCACUGACAACAAGGGGAGACGGAGGCGAGGAGCAAGGGACUCGCACAGGCACCCCGCCUGGCGGGGCUGACACAGCCAUCCCGGGCCCCCUACCUCUACGUGGUGGGAAAGAAGGAGCGGAGCAGACUCCCCCCCCCCCGGUUGCUGAAAGGAGGAGGAAGAGGCGGCUGGAACUUGACCCCCCUUAGUCACCAAGUACUGGCUGGAGGAAGAGGAGGAGUAAGUUCUAGGGGUUCCAGGGAAACAUUUGAACCUGUCUAUUGAAAUACUCCAGUCUUAUUUCUCUACACUGCUGAAAUUACAGCUUCAAAUUAAGUGGAAAACUCCAUAGGUCAGCAGUUGAAACAACGAACCUGUAUACUGUUGUUUUAGAGACAGAAAGUUUCAUCUGGACUUUAAGCUUUUUUUGGGGGGGAGGGGUAAGUGCGGAGAGAGGGAAUCAUUGUUCAGGCUGGUACAAAUCUUUUCAGCAUUUGCUACAUUGUUUAUAAAGUUAAGAAUCCUCUGUAUUUUUUUUCAGUUUUUUGUCCUUGUGGACACAAAUUUUACAACUGGAAGCUCUUGAAAAUCUGUGUACAUUUCCAUUAAAAAAAAAUUCAGAUACAUACGACUUAAAAAAAAAAAAAAAGCUGAAAAUGAGUGCUCAUGCUCCAUUGGUGGAGAAGGGACUGAACACAGCACUCAUGUGUCAGGAAAGCUAUGUUUGUAGUGGGACUGAUGAAGCAGUCUUUGAAUGCGAUGAGUGUGGAAGCCUGCAAUGCCAGCGCUGUGAAGAGGAGUUGCACAGACAGGAAAGGCUGCGAAACCAUGAACGGACCCGAAUAAGACCUGGCCAUGUCCCUUACUGCGACAACUGCAAGGGUGCCAAUGGGAAUAUAAUGCACAGUAAUACCACAGGAUCCAGGCAGAGGGCAGCAAUGAGGUGCCAGAUGUGCAAAACAAACCUGUGCAUGGAGUGUCAGAAGAGGACACACACUGGGGGAAACAAAAGGAAACACACAAUUACCAUGUACCAUGGUAGCAAACCCCAAGAGGAAGAGGAAGAAGGGAUGGAUGAAGAGACCAAGAGGAAGAAGAUGACAGAGAAGGUUGCAAGUUUCCUUCUGGUGGAUGAAACAGAAGAGAUACAGGUGAUGAAUGAAGAUGACUUUAUUAAGAAACUGGACUGCAAACCUGACCAACACCUGAAGGUGGUGUCCAUCUUUGGGAACACUGGGGAUGGCAAGUCGCACACCCUUAAUCAUACUUUCUUCUAUGGCCGUGAGGUCUUUAAGACAUCUCCAGCCCAAGAAUCCUGCACAGUCGGUGUAUGGGCCGCCUAUGACCCUGUCCACAAAGUGGUGGUAAUUGACACAGAAGGUCUGCUAGGGGCCACAGUGAAUGUGAGCCAGAGAACACGGCUGCUUCUGAAGGUGCUGGCCAUCUCUGACCUUGUCAUUUAUCGUACUCGUGCUGACAGACUCCACAAUGAUCUCUUCAAAUUCCUUGGGGAUGCUUCAGAGGCCUACCUGAAACAUUUCACUAAGGAGCUGAAGGCAACCACGGCCCGCUGUGGCUUGGAUGUUCCCUUGUCCACUCUGGGUCCUGCAGUCAUUAUCUUCCAUGAGACUGUAUACACCAAGCUACUGGGCUCCGAUCACCCCUCUGAGGCGCCUGAAAAACUCAUCCAGGAUCGUUUUCGGAAACUGAGCCGCUUCCCCGAAGCCUUCAGCUCAAUCCACUACAAGGGAACAAGGACUUAUAACCCCCCCACGGACUUCUCGGGACUUAGGAGAGCUGUGGAGCACCAGCUGGAGAACAAUACCACUCGUUCCCCUCGACAGCCUGGGGUUAUCUUCAAAGCACUGAAAGCAUUGAGCGACCGGUUCAGUGGUGAGAUCCCUGAUGACCAAAUGGCUCACAGCUCCUUCUUUCCUGAUGAAUAUUUCACCUGCUCUUCUGUAUGCUUCAGCUGUGGGUGUGGCUGUAAGAACAGCAUGAACCAUGCAAAAGAAGGAGCUCCUCAUGAAGCCAAGAGCCGCUGCAGAUACUCCCACCAGUAUGAUAACAGAGUCUAUACCUGCAAGGCUUGUUAUGAACGUGGCAAGGAGGUCAGCGUGGUGCCAAAAACAUCUGCUUCCACUGAUUCCCCUUGGAUGGGCCUUGCCAAGUACGCCUGGUCAGGGUAUGUGAUUGAGUGCCCCAACUGUGGAGUGGUGUACCGCAGCCGACAGUACUGGUUCGGGAACCAAGAUCCUGUGGACACAGUGGUGAGGACAGAAAUCGAGCACGUCUGGCCUGGAACAGAUGGAUUCCUGAAAGACAACAAUAAUGCAGCUCAGCGCCUGUUGGAUGGAAUGAAUUUCAUGGCACAGUCUGUGUCUGAGCUCAGCCUGGGACCCACAAAAGCUGUGACGUCUUGGCUGACGGACCAGAUUGCCCCAGCCUACUGGAGACCCAACUCUCAAAUCCUGAAUUGCAACAAGUGUGGCACAUCCUUUAAAGAGAAUGAUACUAAACAUCACUGCCGGGCCUGCGGGGAGGGUUUCUGUGAUGGCUGCUCUUCCAAGACCCGCCCCGUCCCAGAGCGGGGCUGGGGUCCGGCACCAGUGAGAGUGUGUGACGACUGCUAUGAUAGCAGGGGCAUCCAGUUAGAUGUGCCUGAGGCACAGACAGAGGAGGAAGGUGGGACGCUGAUUGCCAGGAAGGUCGGCGAGGCUGUGCAGAACACUCUUGGAGCUGUGGUGACUGCCAUAGAUAUACCACUAGGGCUCGUGAAAGAUGCUGCUAGACCUGCUUACUGGGUGCCGGAUCACGAAAUCCUGCAGUGCCACAACUGCCAGAAGGAGUUCAACAUCAAGCUCUCUAAACACCACUGUCGAGCCUGUGGCCAGGGAUUCUGUGAUGAAUGUUCAAAUGAGCGCCGAGCGGUCCCUUCCCGUGGAUGGGAUCAUCCAGUGCGAGUCUGUUUUAAUUGCAAUAAGAAACCCGGUGAUCUUUAACCCCAGCUUCCUGUCCAGAUCCUUCACAAUUCCUUAGGUUCUCAGGGUUAGAAAAUAUUUGGUCUCCCUUUCACCUUUUGCAGCCAGAGUGCAUGUUUCUGAUGUCUGGCCUGCUCUCAUGUUCUACUCAUCUUAGAAUGCUGGGACAUGAACUCGAGUGAGUAAACUGGACCUUCAUGUUUUAAUUGCAAGGUGAUUGGGGAAGUGGGAAGCUCGCCUGUAAAUGAGCAACCCAAAAUCCACUGCAUUUUAUUCCAGUUUAAAUAUAUCUACAUAAUCUAGUAUAUUAAGGAUGCAGCUGGCUAGUGAAGUUUUUAAUAUUUCUAGUUUCAAUAAGAGAUGCAGCUACUCCCUGCUGUACUGGGUCAAAUUCAUAGCCACUGCAGUGCCUUCUAAUUCUUCUCUUGAAGCAUUUUGCUCAUCACAAGGUCCUAUUGUAAAGGUUUGGACUCUUUGCUGCCAGGAGGGUCCAAGGCUCCUCCCAAGAGCCUUGAUUCAUGAAUUGCAUCUGAUAAUGGAAAGAGUCUUGCCUCUGUACGCUCCACCUCCUGGCACUGAAGUGUUUGUGCAAUCCAUUUUAAUUGCGGUCACAAAUGCUAGUCUGGCAGGUCAUGCGACUGCAGUGCAGGCAAGUAGAGGAGAACCUAGUACAUGGCAGAGACCAAGCUAAAGUUGUUGAAAGGAAAGCAAAUGAUGUGAAAAAUGCUAGGUCAUCUGUGGUAACAGCUAUUUCCACCUCAACACAAGAUCACAAAGUAGGAGGACCUCACACUUUUUGACCACAUUACAAUGUGCUUGGAUUUCUUUCCAGAGGACUAUAAUGCUUUAUGAGCUGUUAUUUAUGAGACCAAACUAAGAGGCUUGUGACCAGAAUGAAGCAGGUGCCAGCUUUCUGGAAGAUCACAUGAUCUGCAGUCUAGUGUUUGCUAGGCUUACUAAAGUUUUAUAGGGUCCCCAAAUCCAUAGUGCCAUGGAUUAUCUUGCAGAUGACUGCAUAGAAAUGGCACAGAAUUGACUGUGAUCUUUCUUAAAAAACAAAACAAAACAAUCACAACUAACCAACCAAGUCUACAGAUCAAGCUGGAAAACAGGAAUCUCUUCCCAGUUCUUAGUAAGGGGCACUUCCUGGACUUUACCCUUCCAUAAAGGUCUUCAUUGAACCACUAAAAUUAUCAGCAAUGAGCAAACCACUGAGCUCAACUGAUAUGCUCCUUUUCUGUGGAUUUUGGACAAGAAAUAAGAGAACAUCAUGAACUGAAUUUUUCGCUUCUGUAGACGAGGGAUGCUCCCAUGGAGACUUGUCUCCAGGUGUAGUGGCUGGAGUUUGACAUGAUACCCUGAAACUGAUUAGUCCUACCUGUUAAACGUGCCCUUGUGUAGCUCAAUGAUUGGCUUCCUAUUUUAGGACUAUAUUAUUAAAUUAACUGCUAUAAAAGACUAGACCUUCUGAACAGG